AUGGCGUUGAGCACUGCUGCACUUCGAGAAAUCGCAAAAACGACGCUCGAUGCCGUUUCAUCCGGAUCUCUUGUCGUAGAUGGGCUCGCCUAUGACAUCCGGUCAAAACUCGAUGAAUCGCGCUACCAAACGGCGUACUACUCUCCCAGUUCUCUCUUGUCGGCUUGGUGCUCCUCUCCGAUACCGACAAGUACAUCGAACAGCACGAAUCAACCUACCGUGAUCGAGUUUCUCGAGACGACGACACUCGAUGCGACACGGAAGGCCGCGCUGAAGGGCUACAAACGCCCACUCGGGAUGCUCAACUUCGCGUCCGCAGAGCAGCCCGGCGGAGGGUUCAUCAACGGCGCCAACGCGCAGGAGGAGUCCCUGACACGCAGCUCGACGCUGUACGCGUCACUCAUGACGCCUACCGCGCAGCAAUUCCACGCACUGCACGCGGACGGCGAGGGCGAGGACGGGUUCUACUCCCACGCGAUGGUGUAUUCGCCGCAUGUGGUCUUCUUCCGCGAGGAUGAUGGGCGGUGGGUGCCGCCGAUGGAGGCAGAGGUCGUCACGAGCGCUGCCGUCAAUGCGGAACUUGUCUUAUCCCAGAGUGCUGCGCCGCAUUCCGACUCGUACGAGCGGAUCAGGAAGGCGAUGCACGAGCGCAUGGCUCGCAUUCUGUUUCUCUUCGAGCGCAGGGGCGUACGCAAUAUCGUUCUCGGAUCGUUUGGGACCGGCGUCUUUCGCAACGAUGUGGACACGGUCGCCAGUAUCUGGGCGGAGCUGCUCGUCGGGAACGCGGGGAGAUUCUCUCGCUCGUUUGCGUACGUGGCUUUUGCAAUUCUGGAUGCUCCGACGUAUCUCCAGUUCCGCGGUGCUUUCGAGCGGGUUCGACGGCAUAGGACUUGA